UAGUAUUGCCUGCUUCUGCAUGUAACUACCUAUAGUCAGCUAUUUGUCUUUGUUUAUAUUUAUUUUAAGAUAGAAGAAAAGAAAAUAAAUCAGACCUCAGCUGGGACUUUGAACUUUUCAACAACAUUUAUCUCAAAGAACAGUCGUAUUCCACAAGUUAUCAGGCCGUGUUCUGUAACAGGGAAGUCACUGAAGCGGAAUUCAUACAGUUCUAAAUCUUUUGGAUCAGAGGUAUCCUAAGAUGUGUAACAUGUCCUGGAUUUGCACUAAGCUGGCACCACCAUACAGAAGGGGAAAACGAGAAUGCCUCUUUGUGUUCACCUUUUUGUGGAACAAGAUGGCCCACUCCGAGCGAGCUGUGCCCUGGCUGCUGCUGCUGGCGCUAGCCUUGCUGGGCAGCAGCAGAGCAGAGAGGGACUGCCGAGUAAGCAGCUUCAAAGUCAAGGAAAACUUCGACAAAAACAGGUACAGUGGCACCUGGUAUGCCAUGGCAAAAAAGGAUCCUGAGGGGCUGUUUCUGCAGGAUAAUGUGGUAGCCCAGUUCACUGUGGAUGAGAAUGGACAAAUGACUGCCACUGCAAAGGGCAGAGUCAGACUCUUCAAUAACUGGGAUGUCUGUGCUGACAUGAUUGGCUCUUUCACUGACACGGAAGAUCCUGCCAAGUUCAAGAUGAAAUACUGGGGUGUUGCCUCUUUUCUUCAGAAAGGAAAUGAUGAUCACUGGGUGGUGGACACAGAUUAUGAUACUUAUGCUCUUCAUUACUCCUGCCGUCAACUAAAUGAAGAUGGCACUUGUGCUGAUAGCUAUUCUUUUGUGUUCUCCCGGGACCCCAAGGGAUUGCCACCAGAGGCACAGAAAAUUGUCAGGCAAAGGCAGAUAGACCUCUGCUUGGACAGAAAAUACAGAGUUAUUCUUCAUAACGGAUUUUGCUCUUAAGGAGACCCAAAACUAUGGAAAGAAACCACAUAACAGCAUCAUGGAUGUAAAGUUAAUGCAGUGAUUGGGUGUUCUCUUGAAAACCUUCAUUUAGAUUUUGAGUAUAUUUAUCUGGCCUCUGUAGCUCACCUUGUUAAUAAACCAAUUAAAUAUUUUAAUAAACUUGGA